AUGCCGCCACCUCGAAAACCCGAAACAGGCGCAGCGUCGAAGGAGGAAAACAUCUACAUCCCUUCGUUCAUUAGCAAACGGCCCUUCUAUGCCGGCGAAGAAGGAGAUGACAAUGACUACCUCAAGCAUCAGCGUCGCGAAGAGAAAAACGAAAAGUCGCAAUGGUACGACCGUGGCAAGAAGGCUGGACCGGCCGCGACCAAGUAUCGAAAAGGCGCCUGCGAAAACUGUGGAUCGAUGACACACAAAGCCAAAGACUGCCUGAGCCGACCAAGAGCAAAGGGUGCCAAGUGGACAGGCAAGGAUAUUCAGGCGGACGAAAUCAUUCAAGAUGUCAAGCUGGGUUGGGAUGCCAAACGAGAUCGCUGGAAUGGGUACGAUGCCAGAGAAUAUCGCAAAGUUAUCGACGACUACAACCAGAUGGAAGAUCUGCGAAAACAAGCGAAAAAAAUUACCAAUGGCGAUGACGAUGACGAGAAGGAUGAUGGCGACAAAUACGCUGAAGAAAACGACAUGAGCAAGCAUCAAAGCACGGCAACAAGGCAGCUUAGAAUACGAGAAGACACCGCCAAGUAUCUCCUGAAUCUUGACCUUGAAUCUGCGAAAUAUGACCCCAAAACCAGAGCACUCGUCAACUCUGGUGCGACAGCAGAUAAGGCAGCCGACUUAUUUGCAGAGGAAGGCUUCAUGAGAUCAUCUGGUGAUGCUGGAGACUUUGAAAAGGCGCAAAGAUACGCGUGGGAAGCACAAGAGAAAAGUGGCGAUACAUCACAACACUUGCAAGCCAAUCCCACAGCUGGUGCCUUUUUCCGCAAAAAGCAACUGGAAGAAGCGGAGCAGAAGCGCAUGGAAAGGGAACAGAAGCUUAUGGACAAGUACGGCAGCGAUGGGCAUAAAUCAAUGCCGGCUGCAUUGCGAAAUAUGGCCAUGUCAGAGUCAGAAAUGUUUGUUGAAUAUGAUGAGGCUGGCCUUAUCAAAGGAGCCCCCCUAAGGAGCGCAAAAUCCAAGUAUAUGGAAGAUACCUUGAUCAAUAACCAUACAUCUGUUUGGGGCAGCUGGUGGUCAAAUUUCAAAUGGGGCUACGCAUGUUGUCACUCGUUCAUCAAGAACAGUUAUUGUACUGGUGAGGAGGGCAAAGGAGCGUGGGAGGCUGCCGAGCGCCAGCGGUUCGGUGCCCCUGUCUUGGAUCAGGAGACUGAACCCAUGUCUGCGGAGAAAGAAGAGUCUGAAUCAGGAUCAGGGCUUCAAAGUGCAAAGACCAAGAAGCGUACGCAGGCGGAGAUGAUGAAUGGGGUUUCAGAGGCUGAAAUGGAUGAGUACCGCCGAAAGAGGACCGUUGCUCAGGAUCCGAUGGCAAACCUGUUGGGCAAGGACGAGCUCUUAAGCUGA